CAUUGGAGCGACGGCUCAGUUUACCUGUGAUGAGGACCAUGUGCUGCAGGGCUCCAAAACCAUCACCUGUCAGAGGGUGGCUGAGAGUGUUCGCUGCCUGGAGCGACCACAGACCUUGAAAACGUGUGGAUCGACACUCCAGGGUCCAUCGGGGACGUUCACCUCUCCCAAUUUCCCCAUCCAGUAUGAGAGUAAUUCCCACUGUGUGUGGAUUAUCACUGCUAGUAACCCCAAUAAGGUUAUCCAGGUCAACUUUGAGGAGUUUGACAUGGAGAUCGGCUAUGACUCGUUAACCAUCGGAGACGGAGGGCAAGUUGGAGACUCAAGAACUAUAAUACAAGUCCUGACAGGUAGCUUCGUGCCUGACCUCAUUGUCAGCAUGUCCCAUCAAAUGUGGCUGCACCUUCAGUCUGAUGAGAGCGUGGGAUCUAUCGGCUUCAAGAUCAACUAUAAAGAGAUUGAUAAGGAGAGUUGUGGGGACCCAGGCACACCUCUGUAUGGCUUCCAGGAGGGCAGUGGGUUUCUGAACGGGAACGUGCUGCGGUUCGAGUGCCAGUUUGGCUUCGAGCUGAUUGGAGAGAGGAUGAUCACCUGUCAGAACAACAACCAAUGGUCUGCUAACAUCCCCAUUUGCAUAUUCCCAUGUUUCUCCAACUUCACGGCGGCCGUGGGCACUGUGCUGUCCCCUGACUACCCAGAGGGCUAUGGGAACAACAUGAACUGUGUGUGGAUCAUCAUCUCUGAACCAGGCAGCCGGAUCCACCUGGCCUUCAACGACUUUGACCUGGAGCCUCCAUACGACUUCCUCACCGUGAAGGACGGAGACCAGACGGGCUCGUCCAUCCUGGGGAGAUACUCGGGGGCCGAGGUGCCGUCUCACUUCACCUCCAACAGUAACAUACUGCAGCUGGAGUUCCAGGCUGACCACUCCAUGUCCGGAAGAGGAUUCAACAUCACCUACAGUACAUUUGGCCACAACGAGUGUCCGGACCCGGGCGUCCCUCUGAACGCCAGACGGUUCGGGGACAGUUUCCAGCUGGGUAGCUCGGUCUCUGUGGUUUGUGAGGAGGGUUUCAUCAAGACCCAGGGCACUGACACUAUCAUCUGCCAGCUGGAGGGGGGCAAGGUCAUGUGGAGCGGACCCAUCCCUAAAUGUGAAGCCCCAUGUGGAGGCCACUACUCUGCUCCGUCUGGAGUGAUCCUGUCCCCAGGGUGGCCUGGAUACUAUAAGGACUCCCUCAGCUGUGAGUGGGUCAUCGAGGCGACGCCCGGACGCUCUGUCAAGAUCAGUUUUGACAGGUUCCAGACGGAGCUCAGCUAUGACUUCCUGGAGUUGCAUGAUGGUCCCAACCUGCUCUCGCCUCUGAUUGGCUCGUUCAACGGCACCCAGGUCCCACAGUUCCUGUUCAGCAGUAGUAACUUCAUCUACCUCCUCUUCACCACCGACAACAGCAGAUCCAACAUCGGCUUCAAGAUCUUCUACGAGAGUGUGACGUUGGACACAUCAUCAUGCAUGGACCCUGGGAUCCCGGUGAACGGCGUGCGGUACGGCCAUGACCUGGCCAUCGGGUCCACGGUGUCGUUCCAGUGUGACCAGGGAUACCGGCUCAGUCAUGAGGAACCGUUGGUCUGUGGGGAGAACCACUGGUGGAGCCAUCCUCUGCCCACAUGUGACGAGUAUAAUCUGGAGCCGUGUGAGGACCCCGGGACCCCCAGGUUUGGCUGGCACACGGGCAUCAGCUUUGGCAUCGGGGACUCGCUGGUUUUCUCCUGCAAUACCGGCUAUCGCCUAAAGGGGGCGAGGGAGAUAUGGUGCCUGGGAGGAGGUCGCCGCAUGUGGAGUGCCCCUCUGCCAAGGUGUGUGGCGGAGUGCGGCUCAACCGUUUCCAACAGCGAAGGAGUUGUGUUGUCGCCCAACUACCCACUGAACUAUGACAACAGCCACGAGUGUGUCUACAGCAUUCAGGUGGAGACGGGAAAGGGCAUCAACGUCUCAGCAAGCACUUUCCAACUGGCACAAGGAGACAUUCUCAAGGUCUAUGAUGGAGGGGACAGUGCUGCUGCUGUUCUGGGUACCUACACUGGCUCCACCAUGUUAGGCCUGGUCCUCACCUCCACCUCCAAUCACCUGUGGCUGGAGUUCUACUCAGACCAGGAGCACACAGCAGGGGGCUUCAGACUCAGCUACUCCAGUUUUGAUCUGUCUCACUGCGAGGAUCCCGGGGUGCCUCAGUUUGGGUUCAAAGUCAGCGACCAGGGGCACUUCGCUGGCAGUGCCAUCACGUACGGCUGUGACCAAGGUUAUUCCCUGCACGGAAGUGGCAUCCUCAAGUGCAUGACCCGAGAGAGAAGAGCGUGGGACAACCACCUCCCCUCAUGCAUAGCGGAGUGUGGCGGUAGGUUCAAAGGUGAGUCUACAGGCCGCAUCCUGUCUCCUGGAUAUCCCUUUCCUUACGACAACAACCUGCGCUGUACCUGGACCAUCACUGUCAACUCUGGCAACAUCGUCAGCCUCCAGUUCCUGGCGUUCGACACAGAGGCAUCUCACGACAUCCUGGAGGUUUGGGACGGACCAGCAGAAAAUGAGAUGUCUCUGAGGGAGGUGUCUGGCUCCCUGCUCCCCGAGGGGAUACACAGCACCCUCAACGUCGUCACCAUUCAGUUCCAGACUGACUUCUACAUCACCAAGUCUGGCUUCGCCAUCGACUUCUCAAGUUCAGUGGCGACAGCCUGCAGAGAUCCAGGCCUGCCUAUGAACGGCAGUCGUCACGGAGAUGGGAGAGAACCAGAUGACACGGUGACCUUCUCCUGUGAUCCAGGAUAUGAGCUGCAGGGAGAGAGCAAGAUCACCUGCAUCCAAGUGGACAACAGAUACUACUGGCAGCCCAGCCCUCCCAGCUGCAUUGCUCCCUGUGGGGGUAAUGUAACAGGAUCAUCAGGAUUCAUCCUCUCCCCCAACUUCCCCCUCCCCUACCCGCACAGCAAAGACUGCGAUUGGCUGAUCGCUGUCCACUCAGACUACGUCAUAUCACUGGCUUUUAUCAG